CUUCUUCUCUCUCUCAACGUGCGCUUUUCGCGCUCUGAGAAGGUGCUCUCAAAGCUCUUUGAGGGGCGGUGGGCUGCAGGUGGGGUGGGCCUCUUGGCGCCGCAGCUAGGUCGUUCUUGAUAACCGGAGAUCUCUUUUGGUUGUUUGGAUUCGGCGGCAAAGUUGGGUGUUUUUGGUCGAUCGAGUGCGCUGGUUGGGGUUCUCACUAUGGGGCUGCCGCCGAGAGAGGCGCUGAGGCGACUCUGCCUUGAGUUUGGGUGGUCGUACGCCGUUUUCUGGAGGGCCGUCGGUUUCGGAAGUCGGAUGCAUUUGAUCUGGGAUGACAGAUAUUAUGAAGAGAAACUGGGUAUGUCAAGGUUGAAUGUUUCAGAUUUGCUACUAAAGGAACAGGCUGUGGCUAAAAAUAACAAGAAGCAUGAUUUUUUGGAGCUAAGUUGUCAAGCAGAUGAUGCAAUAGGUGUCCUGGUUGAUAAGAUUAUGGCAUCACAGGUUCAUGUUGUUGGAGACGGGUUAAUUGGACAGGCAGCUUCAAUGGGAAAACAUCAGUGGAUCAGUAAAGAUUCCCUUGAUAAAUUUGGUUCAAAACCAGAGGGCUUUGUUGAGAUAAACUGCCAGAUUUUGGCAGGCGUGCAGACAGUUGUCGUUGUUCCGGUGCUUCCAUUUGGGGUGAUACAACUAGGUUCUACCGAAAUGGUUCUGGAAAACAUUGCAUUCGUUAAUCAUGUAAAAGGUUUAUUUUUGAAGUUAAAUUGUGGAUUAGGAUCUCUUCCAUCUGAUACCACUCAGAAAACUUUAAAGGAAAAACGUUCAAUAUAUUCAUCAUCUGGCUUGGUUUUAGGUGACAAGUCUACAAAUGCUUGUACUAAUGCAGACAACAUAUUGUGUGUUACUGAUGAUGGAUGCAGCCCUGAGCUGGUGAGAUCCCCAGCUCCACAAUCUAUUGCUGAAUCCUUUUCUGCAGUACCAUGGCGGUUGAAUAAAAAAAUGCAACCUAGUGCUUCUGAAGUGAUGUCAAGCAAACAGAUGAUAAAGACUGCACAUCCUUUGGGAAAAAUUAUUGUGCAAGGUACUCAGGACCUGUUUUCCAAGCCAGUUAUAGAGUGUACCCGGAAGGUACUGCCAAUUGAUACAGGCUCCAAAUGUCAAAAUGAUCCUUCUGUUUUGAACUCCAUUCUAUUGUCUAAUAGUUUAAAAGCCCUGGAAGAAGAGCUCAUGUUCACAUCAGUUGUUGGAAUGAUAGAAUCUAGUCACAACUUAUCUAGUUCAUUUGAAGAUACCAAGGGCUUUCCAUUAAAUGUUAAAGGUGAAUCAUCCAACAAAGCGGAUAAAAUUAGUCAUGUUGGUUCUAUUUCAAGUGGCAUGACUGAAUGUUCAAGCUCUUGUUCUAAGUUAUCUGUAAGCGGGGUACCUCCAAUUUUACACCAGAGAAGCUAUUCACUCAGAAAUCCUGGCAUUUUAGAUGAUUCUAACAAGGACCAUCCUUACCCUGUCGGUACAGUUCCUCUUCCUGUAUCAAAUGAAGAAGUGCUAAAAGGAAAUGAUGAUUUUGUUCAAGAUUCUCGUAUCUUUUCCUCAGAGUCUGAUGUGCCAAUGUGUUGCUCCGAGAUGCUUGCUGACAUUGGUCAAGAAAGCAAACUCUGUUAUUCAAAUACUCUUCAGAGUUACGAAAGAUGUAAAAGUGUUAAUUAUGAGGUCAAUGGUUCUUCUAGAUACAAACCUCUGCAUACAUUAAAGAAUGACACUUCACUACUUUCUGUGGAUUUUGCUUCAAGUAAUGAUCUCCUUUGCAUGUUGGAUUGUGACAGUAAAUCAUGUUGCUCAACUGGAACUUUGGAUGAUCUUUUAGUGCAUAAGAGCAGUACAAAUUCUUGUAAUUUGGGUACCAACAGACCUAAGCUCCCAAGUGACUCAGAUGCAUGUCCUGUCUUUGAUUCAUUGAAUGAUCAGAUUUCUUAUUCUGGGCUACUCUUCCUAAAUGACAGUGAUCAAUUACUGGAUGCAGUAGUCUCAAAGAUCAAUUCAGGUGCCAAGCAGGUUUCAGAUGACAGUGUUUCUUGUAAGACUUCAUUAACACAUAUUCAUAGUUCUCAUUAUGCUGGACUUCCCAGUCAUAGUGAAACAUUUUUGUCGAAGCACAGGAAAGAUGAUAUUAUUGGUUUUCCAGCAGUACAAGUGAAACCAGAGCCUGCAUGUUCAAGUUUUGACCAGUCUUCGUGCAGCUUUGUGAAAGACGGAGAGUACUCUCAGAAUACUGGGCUUUGUAAAUCUCAGAUCAGCCCAUGGGUUGAAAAUUAUCGAAACGUUAAAUAUGAUUAUGUGUCAGAUUCAAAUAGUAAGAAGGUUGUGCAAGUAGGUAAUCUGAACCGGAAGAGGCUUAGACCUGGAGAAAGCCCUAGACCAAGGCCGAAAGAUCGACAGAUGAUACAAGACCGUAUCAAAGAACUUCGAGAACUAGUGCCAAGUGGGGCAAAGUGUAGCAUUGAUGCUUUAUUGGAAAAGACCAUCAAGCACAUGCUUUUCUUGCAAAGCAUAUCAAAGCAUGCUGACAAGCUUAAGGUUGCUGGAGAACCCAAGAUCAGCAGUGAGGAGGGUGGUUUGCUCUUGAAAGACAACUUCGAGGGUGGUGCAACAUGGGCAUUUGAGGUAGGAACUCAACCAAUGGUAUGUCCCAUCAUAGUGGAGGAUCUGAACCCACCUCGUCAACUGCUGGUAGAGAUGCUUUGUGAGGAGCGGGGUUUCUUUCUGGAGAUUGCUGACUUCAUCAGAGGACUGGGAUUGACGAUAUUGAAAGGGGUGAUGGAAGCACGAAAAAAUAAGGUCUGGGCACGCUUUGCCGUAGAGGCAAACAGGAAUGUGACUAGGAUGGAAAUAUUCCUUUCACUUGUACAAUUGUUAGAACCCACAGCUGGAAGCAGUAUGGCACUACCAAGCGUCGGUGGUAACAUAAACAUUCCGCAUGCCAUUUUACACCAAACUUACGUCCCUGCAAGGGUUAAUUGAUCGUCUUCGGUGAGUCAUAUGCUCCAUGAUUCCACCUGGAAAGGCUAAGAGCGCGGAGAGGCUCGCUUGCCACGACCAGCGUUCUAGCAUCGAUACGGGAGACAACUAGAGUCGACAUUUUUGUCUAGGGCUAUUCCAGCUUCAUCAUCUGGAGGCAUGUGGGCUGAUAUUUUGAUACUUCUUGUGAAUGUUGAUAGCAAGCUAAAGGCUUUAGCAUAUUCUCUUUCCGUUUGUAAUAAUUAUCCGAGUAUGCACCUCUUAUUUGCCCACCUGUUUGGAAUGCCAAAGAUGUAAAUACUAGGGCAGGACUCUGAGAUUAGGGUUCUGUAUGCUUAUUGUUUUAAAUUCCUGUACUAGUUUGGAAAGCAAAAGAAGUCAAAGAAUUGAAAACUGAAUGAAGAAUGGUUGAAAUAUGACAA